GCGACCCUCAUUAUGAAUUUCCAUUGAAGUCAAAGUGGUCAGUCGUUACAGACAAAGCAAAACGUCCACACCUCACUGAGGAAGCAUUAGCUGACGAGAAAGGAACGAGUGAAGUACGGUAGGACGAAGUUCGUGCAAUUAGUAGAACUAUCGAAGGAUAAAAUAAAAAGAAAAAAAUUUCCAAAGGAAUUUUCAAAAGCAACAGCAAUAGAUUGCGCCGAACAGGUCAUAGUGUAAAAUAAAAUGGCUCAGAUCUUCACGCACGACGAGGUCACGAGGCACAACAAGGAAAAGGAUCUGUGGAUGAUCAUCCACGAAGGCGUCUACGAUCUGACCAAGUUCCUAAAGGAGCAUCCAGGUGGCGAGGAAGUCCUGAUAAAUCUAGCCGGCAAGGAUGGGACUACGUGCUUCGACGAAAUCGGCCACACGACAGAGGCGGUGCAGUUACGUGAAACAUUGAAAAUAGGCAAGGUCACCGGGGGUUCCGGAGGUGAAGCACCCAGUGGAGGAGGACCUUUGAGUCGCGAUGACCUGAUGAAGGAGCUCGACGAUGACUGGGAAUACGAGGAGAAAAAGGCUGAGUCAUCGCCGUGGAUUCCAGUAUUCGUUGGUAUCGGCGUUUUGGUUUAUGCCGUUAUUUUCUACACUUUCUGGCGCUGACCCAAUUCCGGAUGACCGACGUAAUAAUUGUAAUAACGAUAUUAAUAAAGAAAAAAAGAAGAAAA